AUGGCGAACAAUGGCUCCUCCACCCCCCAGUUCCUCGCGCCGCCGGCCGUCACAGCCCUCCGGCAGGAGGCCCGGAAUAUCAACCCGAAAAUGACACGGACUCUGAGUGAAGACAUACGGGAGGCACGCGCAGACUUGAAGGAGGCGGCGGAACAGACGUUGAACAUCAUCGUCGAUCUCGAUCUGGAGGGCCGCAUCAAAUGGGUCAGCCCAUCGUGGAGGCAGGUCGUCGGCUCGCCCCAAGAGUCAGUCGAGGGCCGCAUGAUUGCCGACAUUCUUCUAGGCAACAAGGAUGUCUUCCGCGAUGCAAUCGAGGCGAUGAAGGUAGAUGAUUCGCGGAGUCGAUUUAUUCGCUUUGCAGUACAGAUGGGACCAGACUCGGUGUUGAAGUACGCACCGGAACCGCGCCCAGCAGAGCCCGAGACUGUGACAAGCGCCGAGCUUGGAACACAGGAGCAGAAGAGCGCGGAAGAGACGGAGUCUUUGCUGGCCGAAGGCGAUGAUGAUCAUGAUGUCCUAAUGAUGGAGGGACAGGGAAUUAUGGUCUAUGACCGGACAGACGACGAGGCCGGACAUUCUAUGUGGAUGCUCCGCCCGUUUACUGAGCCCCGCGAGGUGACCAUUGACCUGCCUCCUCUGUUGGUGGAGUCUUUGGGCGUUGGCGCGGAAGUCCUUGCCAACUACCUGACGGAACUGGCCGAGGCCGCAGCCAACGAACCUGAUCCCUCGAAGCAUCCUGCUCCGACCCCGGUGCUUUGUCGGAUUUGCGAACGCCAGAUUACACCGUGGUGGUUCGAGAAACAUUCGGACCUCUGUCUACAAGAGCAUCGAGCCGAGAUGGAUGUCCAGGUUGCGCAAGAGAACCUCAACGAACACCGUCAUGCAAUUGUGAGGGUAUUGGAUGCGUUGGAAGCGCGACAAGGGAGACCGUUGAUUGGCACCGAUGGUAACAUCAUACCGCUCCCACAGCCAGAAUACAAAGGCCUUCCGAUCGGCCCUUCACCCGUGAGCUCUACGCCCUCAUCGGCCCCGGUGUCAGGGAUGAGCUCGGCACCAGGAACUCCCCCUCGCUCUCGUGACCACUCGGCCUCAGAGCUUACCCCCGGACGGCCGCGAUCGUUUACGGUACGGCGACCGCUGGCUCGCAUUGUGGAGCUGGUGCUAGAUCUCUGCGAUACUGCCUUGGAGAUAAGCAUGCCAAUGAUCAAGGAAUCUCAGCGACCAGAAAACGGGGAGGAUUUCCGAACGCUUUCGCCCCAGUCUGAGUCUCGAAUCUCGCAGGUGAUUCAGUGGCAGUCUCCAAGCUCCAACACGUUAGAGCAGGAACAAGGUCUGGCGGCUUUGGCUGGAGAUACCGAACAAGUUGCCAAGGCCAAAGUUGAUGCUGUUGUUCGUCACCGUAAGAUUGUUGAAUACGGUGAGCGCAUUCGCAUCGAAUAUACUGUGCUAGUCGAAGAAUGCAUCGCUGCCGCUCUCAGUAAAGCCGAACGCAUAGCUGCUGGACAGCUCAGUGACUCAUCAUGUUCCUCCGAUGAAGAUAUCCCCCAGGACACUGUUUAUGCCAGCGAUGCUGAAUUUAGCAGUGCUGCUAGGGAAGAGCCCUUCCUGCAUGCCCCGAGUCAAGAAUCGUUGGCAUCUCAGCCACAGCCGGCUGCUCCAACCCCACGCAAACCGACAUCGGCUCUCACCAUGGGCAUGCGAAAUUCCCCCGAUCGUGCCUUGCUAGCUCAAGGAGAGAAUAGAUCAUCAUCUGUUGCAGUCUCUACGGGGUCAAACAGCCCCAUGGAGUGUCCAACGCCACGAUCUCAUAAGAGUGCCGCGGGACUUUUGGGGACAUCUCAAUCCUCCCGGCGAGGUCUUUUGCUGGCCGACAUCGAUGCGGGUGAUAGCAGCGACAGCAGCAUGCCAUCAUCCACUCUCAUCGGUGCUAUGCGAACGGAUUCCCCUUCCUCUGAGAGGAGCUUUGACCGCAAGCGAAGAAGCCUGGUGCUUCCGGGGCUAUCCAGCUCUCCUCGCCGGCAACCAUCCCCUGCUCGUAUCUCUGGUCCUCACUCCCCACUGCGCAUGCCGAAGCCUCGGCUUUCGAAUGGCGCUGAGAGCCUCCCAUCGCCUAUUGUAUCGCCAUCCACUUACGGCAGUGAGCUGGCCUACCAUUAUCGUCACCAUCGUCGUCAAUCCUCGGCAACUUCCUCAGAUGUGGCAAAGCCGCCGCCGUCACCACGUCUCCCCUCUGUGAGUCAGCAACCUCGCCCUGCGCCACCCUCUAUCAAGGACUUCGAGAUCAUCAAGCCUAUUAGCAAGGGUGCAUUUGGCAGUGUUUAUUUGUCCAAGAAAAAGUCAACAGGUGAAUAUUAUGCCGUCAAAGUGUUGAAGAAAGCCGACAUGAUUGCCAAGAAUCAGGUCACCAACGUUAAGGCUGAGCGUGCAAUCAUGAUGUGGCAGGGCGAAAGUGACUUCGUCGCCAAGCUGUAUUGGACAUUCUCAAGCAAAGAGUAUCUCUAUUUAGUUAUGGAGUAUUUGAACGGAGGCGAUUGCGCCUCGCUUGUUAAAGUACUUGGAGGCCUACCAGAGGAUUGGGCUAAGAAGUACAUUGCCGAGGUGGUUCUUGGAGUUGAGCACCUCCACAACCGUGGAAUUGUCCAUCGUGAUUUGAAGCCAGACAACUUAUUGAUCGACCAGACCGGCCAUCUCAAAUUGACCGACUUUGGUCUUUCUCGAAUGGGUCUGGUUGGCCGUCAGAAGCGUGUGCUUAAGAGCCCCAACGAACCGGCCCCAGACUUGCUCAAGCAGGGUCCAUUCCCUCGUGCGAUCUCAAUUACCUCUUCUCGGUCGGCCUCGUUCGAUUUCCAGGCAGGAUCCUCGCCCAGUUCGACCCCAUUGAUCACGCCUGAGGUCGGUAGUAAUAUGGUCCAGCCAUCCUACUUUAAUCUCAAUCAAACUGGCCUUAGCCGGCAGAGCUCGCGUCGCGCAUCUGGAUAUCGCAGUGACAGUGCCGGUAGCGAUAGCUUAAACGGCAUGUUCAGGACCUUUUCAUUAAAUGAGCCCAGUCAAGAUCUUGCAGCCCCGUCACCUAGCAUGCUUUCAACCAGCUUGGCCGAAGAGGACGUUCAUAUUGAAGCUGGCGAAUCGCCCCAUCUUUAUCCCCUGCAACCGACGUUCAGCAAUCCCUUGGCGCAGAACACCCCUCCACAACAGAGCAUGAUGCCCCCCGUGAUGGCGCUUUUCGAUCCCGAGGAUCACGACCGCCGCUUUGUUGGAACCCCCGAUUAUCUUGCCCCCGAAACAAUCAAUGGUAUCGGGCAGGAUGAGAUUAGUGAUUGGUGGUCUUUAGGCUGUAUCAUGUUUGAGUUCAUUUUUGGAUAUCCGCCUUUUAACGCCCCAACCCCCGACGAGGUGUUUGAAAACAUUCUGCAAAGGAAUAUUAAUUGGCCGGAUGAUCCAGAAGAAUACACAUCCCCAGAAGCAUUGGACCUCAUGAACAAACUCAUGGCUUUGAACCCGCGCGAGCGCAUUGGAGCUAACGUGGAAGAGAAGUUCCCCAACGGCGGCGCCGAGAUUUGCCAUCACCGUUGGUUUGCUGAUAUCAACUGGGAUACUCUCCUGGAGGACAAGGCGCAAUUCGUGCCCAACCUCGAGAACCCUGAGGAUACCGAGUAUUUUGAUGCUCGAGGGGCCACUCUACAAGCUUUUGCGGAGGAGAUGGAAGACGAGUCUUCUCCGCAGGCCCCUGCCACAACCGGUGCUUAUCCCGAUCGACCGCAUGAUGCUCUGUUCAAGGUGCGGUCUCAGGUCAAUUCGAUCAAGCGGCCUUUGAUGCCACUGCACAUCCCUCCGCAUGUCCGAGAUGCCCGUGAUUCACGGAGUCGCAGACUCAGUGAGCCGGCUUUGGCAGAUGAUUUUGGGAGUUUCAACUUCAAAAACCUACCCAUGCUAGAAAAGGCGAACAAAGAUGUGAUACAGAAAAUGCGCCAGGAGGCCAUGCAGGCGCAGCACCGCCAGUCGACUUCUACUACUGCCCAGACACCUGUGACUAAUUCUCAGCCAUCGCUCGAGGGAAGCCCCCCUUCCAAUGGCAACAAUCGCCCGUCGUCCCCGUCAAGCCUCAGCCAAGCGAACUCUUCACCGAGCAGGCCUUCGCAACCGUCUUCUCCCCUUUUGGUACAGUUCAGUACUGGCACAAAUCAUGAACGGCGCAAGACAUCCGGCUCUUCGUCAACUGCGUCGCAUCAGUCGAGUGGCACAUUCCAGCCGUCUUCUGUGGAACAGACCCGUAUGCCAAAUCUUCGACUUGGCUCGGUUGCUUCCUCUCCAGUCAAGGCGAACCGCAUGCCCGCGCAUUCGCCGGACAAGCAUCCAUCGAGUCAGCGACAUGGAAGUGCCCCAGCAAGUCGUGCCCGAUCGCAAACUAUCGGGUCUCAGGAUGGAGGAGAGCUAUCACUCACCAAGGAGCCAUUUGUUCCUUCGCACCACAAGCGUCGGAGUCAACUCUUCGACAUCUCGCCUUCAUCUUCUGACAACGAGGAUCCCCGCACUAAAGCACUUUUGAAGGUUCAACGCCGCCGGCAAAGUUCUCGUCGCUUGUCGCAGUUCAAUCUUCAGGGUGGGCCCUUCUUCCGGCCUCUGGAUGUACUUAUAUGUGAAGAUCAUCCGAUCUCUCGUUUAGUGCUGGAAAGACUGUUUGAGAAACUUCGGUGUCGAACUAUCUCCGUCAACAAUGGUGCUGAAGCUGUCCGAUAUGCGCUGAGUGAGGUCCAGUUCGAUAUCAUCAUGACUGAAUUCAAAUUGCCCCAAGUUAACGGUGCGGACUUUGCGCGUAUGGUGCGAGAAACCCGCAGUGCCAAUCGGCAUACCCCAAUAAUUGCUUUGACUGGCUACCUGAAAGAUCUACCGGAGACCCAUUACUUUGACGCCCUCAUUGAAAAGCCUCCAACAUUGUCGAAGCUUACCGAAGCAUUGUGCAGAUGGUGUAUGUGGAAACCACCACCAAAGGACUACAAUCCCUCACAGCCUUUGCCUGUUCCCACGCCACCAGGUCGCCAGAACCCGACCACCACAGACGACAGCCCUAGCUCGGCAUCUUCUGGCUUCAUUCCCAACCCCCCUAGCUCGUACCGUGGAUCCAGCCGUGAUGACUCAGUGAGCAGCAGCAUCUUCGGUGAUAUGGAAUCCAUUAAGCCCGAUGAUGGCCCGGUCAUCAUCAGUCGCCCUCACGAUGAUUGGGAUCAAGGCCAAGGCGGACUGGGAAUCUCGGAAGAGGCACAUCCCGGAAGCCCUGAUCCCAAAGCAAUACCCGUCCCCCAUCUCCUACAUGCGAUGUCGGCCCCGGCGGCUAUGGAUGGAAGUGGCGCCCUGACGCCUCGCAAGCAACGGUCUAGCGAAGCUAUUCGAGCGAAGCGUGAGUCUUUGGAGCGGAAGCGCUAUGAGUGUGCUGAGUCCGGCGAUGACGAGGACGAAGAACUGGGCAACGCCCAAGCUCGUCGCAGUCCUCCAGCCCGCAGCCGUCGACCUGGAUCCAAACUUGGAAUCGAGAUGAUGCGCACUAAUAGUCGUGGCAGCGUUGUUAGUGGCAGCGAAGAGCUACUCAAAAAGGAACGAGAGGCGCUGCGUAACAGAGGAGAGUCCGACGCUGAUUCCGAUGACAGGCCCUUGGGGUCUCCCGGCAGUGCCAGUCUCGAGGAUCGCUUCGAGGGUCUCAGUAUUCCAGAAGAGUCUGAGAUUGAAGAGCCGCUUAGCCCCCAAGGCUCACCCUGCUCUUCGCCUACUCGAAACCGACCUUUUCUCUCUCACUAUGAAACUUCAAUUUACUCUGGGCCCACAUGCCUUCCCGCCCCUGCGAAGACAAGCUCGGAAGGACUGAAACAAGGGCAAACUACACCUCCGUCAGAUAAUCAGGUAGCCAAUCCUGGCCUCGGCAUUGCACCCAUUACACCCGAGGUCAAGCUACCUGGAACUCUUCUCAAUGCUGAUGGCAGCUCUGGUAUCGAUACAGACUACAGCCGAACUCCUGAUGCGGAUGCCACACCACGCCCUUUGCAUCCAUCCCCCAGUCUCGAUCUAGAGCAGACACCUCGUGCCCCAGAACGGUAUUAUACCGGCCUAUCGUCAUCUAAACGGUAA